AAUCAAAUGUCAUCCUAAAAUCAAAACAAAACGAGGUGCUUACACAAUUCGUCUAGCAAAAGUGUUUUCUCCUCGUAUUUACAAUAAAUUAAUGGUUCACUUAACAAAAUGUCGUACAUUAAACUUCUGAAUUGUUCCCUCCAUCAAAAGUCGUUUUUGUCCUUUAUCCGGCCUACGUUAUCUCGAAUUUAUUCAUCAUUACCAGCUGGCACCAUCAGAGACAUUGACGAUGAACCACCGGCGGAUGAGCUGCCGAUAACGUCGAUUGACGACGAGAAUCUGAGUGCGGAACGUGAGGCGCGUAUCGAACAGCUUCGCAAUAAGUCUAGACUUUUACCUCAACAUCGCAACAUGCUUCACAACAGACGUCCGUAUGAUGAGUCCCAGUCAUGGAUUCAUGAGACGGUGAAAUAUAAACGAAUGUUACUGGGACGGUAUGGAAUUGAGCAGAGCGGAGUUGAUCCCCGUAUUUGUUUCCCAACAAAGCAAGAAGCUCUGGAGAAGACUGAAUAUGAGCGGGUUGCCUUUCCGCAUACCUUGCAGGAAAUGAUGGCUGCCAAUGAAGUGUUAAAACGGGAGAAAGCCGCUCGCAUCAAAACCCGUGAGGAGGAAAUCGAGAAGAAAAUGCAAAAGCUUGAACAGUGGACGGCAGAUUUGAACGCACGUGUAGCCAAAAAAGAAGCGGAUGCUCGCGCCGCAAAGGAACGCAAGGAUCGAUUGGUUGAGGAGGUGCGACGGCACUUUGGCUUCAAGGUUGAUCCCAGAGACGAACGCUUCCAGGAGAUGCUUGCCCAGAAAGAGAAGGAAGAUCGCAAGAAAGUUAAAGAGGCGAAACGAAAGGAAAAGGAAAUUAAAAUGCUCGAGAAGCUUAAGAAGAAAACUGCUUCGUUGGAAGAGUUAGAUCCCAAUGCUGAAGAAAUCCAUCAAGAUAAGGCUGAAGUCAUGGAGAAAAAAUGAAACAGCUAUAGUUGAAGGAAUCGAAAUUUAUUUAAUAGUGAGAGAAAUGAUUUCCUACCAAUAAAUUAGAAACUAGCGACAUGUGCAUACUUUGGUUUAACGUUGUCCACCAGCGGCUUCUGGAUUCGUUGCGCCGGAGAUCAGAACCAGUAUUACUACUGGAACAAUGUACAUCCACUGGAAAAGA